AUGACGGAAAGUGAGAUAUGGGACUGGCUUUACUUCUUUGAGGAAAACUUCUUGAAUCAGCUCAAAUGCCGCUCGUCAAGAUCAACUAAAUACCCCGUAGUAAUAGAAAGUAAGGGCUCCCUAAUACGAGGUAGGUACUGUCGCACAAAUAGCACGCAACGUUCUGAUGAAUCUGAGGGUAAGACUCAGAUUGACUUCUUGAUUAAAAGUGUUGAUUUACUCAAUGAUGAUGUCGACUGGAAAAAUAUGAAUGUGGGAGGUGAGUUUUCAAUAUCACCUAGCAAACAAGUGAGCAGGGACAAGUUUCUCCAGCUUUCGAGAUCUGUUCGGGAAGCAUUUUGUGCUCAGCCCCUGCGUCGGUUUAUGCACGGGCUUCUCAUGUUCAAAGAAGAAUUUGAACUAUGGGUUUAUGAUCGCUCAGGUGCUUACAGCUCGGGCAGAAAAAGCAUAUUACAAGCCAAAGAGAUGUUCGUGCGAGCACUAUGCUCGUAUUUGCUCAUGAGCAAUGAAGAACUCAGCCGUGACUUGUCAAUCUCGAAGAUCAAUGGACAAUCAGCAGUAAGAAUAAAAGGUGACAAUGAAGAAUCAACUCAAUUAUUUGAGAUCAAACCUUAUCCUCUUGUGCGACCAAGGAGCCUGAUUAACCGAGCUACAACCUGCUAUGAAACGCAAGACAAAUCAUCAAUGAUAAAGUACUUGUGGAGCAGGUCUGAAACUAAUGCUGAAGUGCAAUUUAUGAAGGAUGCACUUACAGUUCCCGGCGUUGUGAAAUACAUAACAUCAGAUCUAGUUUACCAGAAAAACAAACACCUGGAAAGCCUCAAUCUUUCCGACGCCCAGCCCUGGGAUUUAAAAGCUGAAGAAAUAAUAAUUUUGUCAGGCACUAAUUACCACAAUAUGGCCCCACCAUCCUUAUAG